UGUAUGUGUUUUAACCAUCCAGCAAAGUCUCUUAAAUUUGACAUGUAUAUUAUAGAUAUGUAUAAAUUAAUUCCACUUACACUUCCGUGGCACCGCAAUCACUGAAGCGAACAUUGGAAGCGAAUGCCCGCGGAAAGACCGGAAACUGCGUUAAACCGGAAGAGUCUGACAAUUGACGGUGGCUGCAGAAAGAGCGCUGAAGUUAUCUACUGUGAGAAGAUCAUGCCAAGGACGCAAGUUACCAGACGAACUAAUAAGAGCAGAAGCCCCCCAGAUGAGUCGCUGCAGUUGGAUAAUGAAGUUGUAGAGAUUCAACAGAAAGCCACUGCUCCAACCAUGGAUAAGUUCCGGGAGGAUUUUAAAUUACUGAAAGAGGAAAACAGGCUUCUGAAAGAGGAGAACCGGCUUCUAAAAGAGGAGCGGGAUUUCCUUAGGGAGAAAGCUCUCAACCCAGUAAAGACCGGACCCUCAACAACUUCAAAAGGGUCCCACAAAAAGAGGGUUAUGGAUUCUUCAGACUCUUCAACAUCUGACUCUGAGUCAGACUCCUCUUCUGAAAGAGGGAAGAGGAAGAGAAAACAGAAGAAGAACAAGAAAACCCAUGCAGCAUUUGGAAAAAGAGUUCAGAGUCCAGAGGACGUUGUGCACAGGUACCGUGCUGUCUUAAAAGAGUUUAGACGCACCAGGAGCAUGAGCCUCAGCUGCAUAACAUUGGACGUGGACCGGAACACGAUAGCGUUGACUGCUAUCAUUGCUGAAAUUUUGAUUGCUGCAGAAGGUGAAAACUUCGGGCCGCUGCCAGUGUUCAAGGAGGAGGACACUGUAGGCAAUUAUGCAAAAACCUGCAAGGCCUUCUUAGAGGGCAACAAAGCGCUUGGGGAAAAAAUAAAAAAAAUGAAAGAAGAUUCAGAGCUGCUCCCCAUUAAAUAUAAAUUUAGAAAGUGAGAGGCCACACUGCGGUCCUUAUUGUUAAUGCCCACUUUUGCACUUUGUUAAGGGUUCUGUGUUUCUUUGAACCCAGUUUCUACUGUUUCUAUUAAGGGUUGUUAAUACGAUUUAAGUUUUUUAAAUAUUUCUUUAUUUAAAUUCUUUGUGAUACCAAAGAUAGCUUCCUUUUACGGUAUAUUUUCAGCUUGCUUACUGAGUAAAUACUGUUGAUUUACAUAGUAACUGUAGCUAUUACAGAUUAUAGGGUAAGAUCCCAGUAAUUCCAUGGGAAUAAAAAGGCUUCCUUUUACAGUACAGUUUCACUUUACUUACUGAGAAUGUUUUAGUUAAGUUGCAGAACACACAUGGUAAAAGUUUGUGAUUUCAAAAAUGUUUAAGCAGUAGCAAAGGAUGUGGUAAGAGUCUGGUAAUACAAUGCAAAUAAACAAGGCUUCCUUCCACA